AUGGCUGGGAGAUCUUGCAUAUCAAACCUCAUAGACACUCUCGACUACGUUGGAUCGUGUUUAGACAGUGGAGGACAUAUAGACAUGAUUUAUAUGGAUAUGUCAAAGGCAUUCGACAAGGUCGAUCAUGAAGUAUUAAUACGAAAGCUGCAGAAAGACUAUGGUUUUGGAGGUAAUAUCCUCAGAUGGUUUCGUUGCUAUCUAGAAAAUCGUAAACAACGCGUAACAGUGUUAGGAGCAACGUCAGACCCACUUCCUGUCAAGUCUGGCGUACCGCAAGGUUCAAUACUCGGUCCAGCAUUGUUCCUCCUCUACGUCAAUGAUCUGCCAAGCAAUGUGAAGUCAAGCCGUGUUGCAAUGUUUGCGGACGAUACCAAAGUCUUCAAGGCAAUACAAUCGCCUAAUGAUGCAGUAAAGUUACAGGAAGAUAUCACUAACUUGGGGAUCUGGUCAUCUCAAUCUGGCUUACAAUUCAACGAAGCAAAAUGCAAAUCAAAAAUGCAGCUUUCGUAUUAA